AAAAUCACAAAGACCGAAAAAUUCAAUUCAAUAGUAAAAAUUGAAAUAUCAGCAUUGGCUGCAUUAGCAAUCGUGAUGAAUUGCUAUCUGAUUUGCGCUUGGAUAUGUCGACGACGUUGUUAACUCAACUUUGUCUCAUUCAAAUCAUUCCACCAAUUUCCAUUAUUGCCGAUUUGGUCGAAUCCGGUCACUUGUGCCCUCAAUCUCCGCCUCGCCGCCAUGGAAGAUUCCUCCUCCUCCGCCGCCUACGAUAAGCCAUUAGAGCCACCCCCACCAGCCACCCCUACCUCCGCCUAUCACCUCCACCCGCGGCGCGAGCCCUUCGACCACGGUCUCCUCCCAAUCCCCAAAUUGAUCUUCACCGAUGGCGUGCAGGCUCUGUCGCACCUCAAAUCAGCUCUCCUCUCCUCCGAUUCCGAUCAUCGGGUCAAUUUGGACACCCUAGCUCGAGUCCUUCAGAUUCCGAUCGAGCAAGCGCGGCUGAUAAUCGAGACAAUUUCGUCGGUUUUGCACGACGAGUCUGAUCCGUUGCUGAAGGCCGGAGUUUCCAGGGAGAUCGAUGCGAUUGGGGUCAAUGUGUUUGAUUUGCUCAUUGUUUUGUACAUACAGAGUUACAAGAGGUUGCUGCCGAAAGGGCACAGAGAUUCCGCAUCUGUCGCCGACGUCUGGCCCUCGACGUCGGCUUUCGAUGGGUUUCUAUCCGCCCUCUCGCCGUUACAGUUGGUGCGCAGCAAUAGUCGUAGGUUUAUACCAUCUCAAGCAGAUGAAGAGGCCCAUCAGCUGUCCUAUUUGCAGAAGCACAUUGGCAAUAUUCUUUCUCUAUUGGCAGAUUCCACAGAAGGGGAAGGCGAUGAUUCUCUGGUCUUGUCCAUGGAUAAAUUUGAGCAUCUUGGAUUUCUGGUGUACUUUGGGGAGAAGGGUAUUGCUAAAAUACCUUUGAGCCAAAUUACUCCUUUUUUCGCAAAUUCAGAUCCUGACAUGCCAGCUGCUCCUGUUCCUGCAUCGCAAGUUCUUGACUGGCUUCUCCAAAGUAUAUCCUCUACCCAGGAGCAUAUUGCUGAUAGAGUUUCCCCAAAGGAAAAUGGUCCCAGUAGUUCUGAUCAGGAUGUUCAAAUGGCUGAUGUUGGCACUACCAUGAAACCGUCAAGCAGUCCAAGAGGUCCAAGUUUCAUUGAGGGGGUCUCCAAAUCGUCAUGUGUCAAACAAGCAUCUGAUCAUAAGGGUACAUCUGUAAAGGUUGUCAAUUGUCAUGAAUCAGUUAUUUAUAUUUUGGCGCCACUCAAAUAUGCAACAGUUUAUGGAUGCUCUGAUGCAACUAUUGUUAUUGGAGCUGUUGGCAAGGCCAUUAGGGUUGAACACUGUGAACGUGUUCAUCUUAUUACUGCAGCAAGGCGUAUCUGCAUAGCAAACUGUCGUGAAUGUGUAUUCUUCUUGGGGGUCAAUCAGCAACCCCUCAUUGUUGGUGACAAUCAUAAAUUGCAGGUGGCUCCAUAUAAUACAUUCUACUCACAACUGGGGGAGCACCUGAAUCAAGUUGGCAUAGAUCCUAACAUCAACAGGUGGGAUGAAUCCAUUGCACUUGGAGCGGUUGAUCCACAUGAUUCAUUAUCACAUCCUGCUGGUGUGUCGGAUGCACAAGCUGAAUCUGCUACACGCGUGGACCCUGAUCAAUUAACCGACCUUGUGAUUCCAAAUUGGUUGGAAGGUGAACAAUCUGGUUCCACAAAAGAUAACCCUUUCCCUUUACCUGAUACAUACCUUGCAUCCAAGCAGAAAAAAGCCAAAAGCUUGGAGGAAGUUAAGCAAAUAUUGAAGGAAUCUCAACUUGAAGAGAACAGGAAACGGGAGCUGUCAAGUGCUCUCCAUUCAUGUUUCAAGGACUGGCUAUAUGCGUCAGGCAAUAUCCGCCAGCUCUACUGCUUACACGGUGAAUAAUAACCAAGGCAGAACAACCAUGGCUAUGACUGAUUCUGAAUAGUUCAAGCACUUCUUGAUGUUUCUUUCCAAUGCCAGUGGCUGCUGGGGACUUGGAUCUGUCGGGGUUGCUACUUCGAAGCUUUGAGCUCCGUGUGGAUGCAAUAGAACACAAAAUUAAGGUCAUCUUCUUGUACUGUAUUUUGUUACUGGAUUAUAUGCUGUGUAACUGUAGAAUAAUGCUUGUUAGAUCCAAAUUUUAGGUACGUGAAUGAUAAUAAUGAGAGUUGCUUCUCAUUAAGACCUAUUGUAGGCUGCUGUAUUCAACUGUAUGUUAUAUCCUGACUAAAGUCCAAAAUUCAUCUCGUAAAUUUGCCCAAUUUUUCUUUA